UUUAUUCUAAAGAUCUAUACAUAAUCAUUCUAAUCAAGUUCUACCUUAGCCAUAUCUUAAAAUUCGAGUGGCAAUGUAUAGAUGAUUGGUAACGAUGGAUCUAAAUUAUUUCCUCAAGUUUAUAUUGGUAAUGAUAAUACUCCUCUUAGGGUUUCUUGCUUGGCUAGAACACAAGGUAGCAAACUCAAACGAAGAGGUGAUGCAAGUGAGUGAUGAAAUAAACAUAGUGUUUGAACAAGAUGGUGAGAAGAAUGAAUUUUGUGUUUGUUCCUUUUGUGGCAAAUUAAGAAACAUAGUCACAAGAUGCUCACGAUGCAAAAAUGCUAUAUAUUGUUCAAAGGCUUGCCAUGUCAUGCAUUGGAGAUUUAGCCAUAAAGACGAAUGUGUUGAGAUAGUUUCUGCAAAAGAUCAUGUUGGAGUACAAUGCUUUCUCUUGGAGCCUGAAAAUGAAAGUUCAAAGUACUCAUUGAAUGAAGAGGAUGAGGGAGAUGUUUACUAUAUUGAAGGAGGAGAAAAUAAUGAUGAGUCGAUUAGAAGAAAGUUUCAAGAUGAUGAUGGAUGUGCAGUUUGUGGCAUUUCAUGCUCCAAAAAAUGCUCAAGAUGUAAAGCUAUAAAAUAUUGCUCACAAACAUGCCAACAUUUUGAUUGGAAAUCAGGACAUAAAUUCCAAUGUUGUGUUAACAAGAAAGCUUCAACUCAAGAAACAACAAACAAUCAAAGAUGGCAUGACAGUGAAAAUGUUAUAAUGCCCCCAAAUUUAGAUGAGGUGAAAGAUGAUGAUCCUCUUUGCUUGGAAUUUUAUUCAGAAGAAAACACCAACACCAAAGCUCUGAUUUUAAGUUCUCAGGAAGCUAGCAACAAAGUCCAUCAAGUUGAAGAACAAUUGAGAAACCUAAAACAAGAAUUAGAAAUUAUCAAAAGUGAAAAUAUAUCACUGCAAUCAAAGAAUAACUAUUGGGAAGUUAGAGCAAAGUAUUCUGCUGAUAGACUCUACAGUUUCAAGAAAGAAAAUGAACACCAGUUGUUGAUUUUGAAGCGUGAAAAUGAAUUGAUGUCAAAUGCUGAGAAACAAGCUCGUCAAAUGGUUACUAAUUUAUCUCAAAGGAUACACUGUUUGCAGAUUUCAGUUGAAACAGAAGUGGCAGAGAGGAAAAAACAAGAAGAAAUUAUACAUAUGCUACAGAAUGAAUGUAAUAAGGCUAAAAGAGAGUUUCAAGAGCAAAACAAUUAUGUUGAAAGGCUUAGGCAGAAGCUUGAUAAUGUCAGUAAAUUUCCUAUGAAAAUAGCUCAAGAGUCAGGGGAAAAAAUAGCCAUUACUUCCAGUCUAAUGUCAGCUGGUGAAUCCAAAGUUCCUGCUGCUGAGGUAUCCAAGACAAUCAGUUUAAGCAGAAAUCCAACCUUAACUAGUCAGUGUUGUACAAUUUGCUUAGGCAGUGAGAAGGACAUGGCCUUCGGUUGUGGGCACAUGACUUGCAGAGAAUGUGGAACAAAAAUUCGCAAGUGUCAUAUAUGUCGAAAGAAGAUCGUUAAUCGUAUCAGAUUGUUUCCUGGCUGAUUGACAAUGGAGUUGAUAGCAAAUUUCUAAGAAAGACAGUAUAUAUGUGCAUGUUAUGCCUCUGAUGAGAAAUAAUGUGAUGAAACCUUGACAAUUACAUAUUGCGAUAAUUUGCCAAGAUAAAAAGCUCACAUACUAUGACCUUAUAUACCUACCUAUGCGAUCACAUGUAUUCGAGUUUAAUGUAUCGAUGUAUGUAAAUAUGAAUGUAAACUAUGUUUUGGUAAAGUUCUCAUAUGAAAAUCUAUGUAUAAGUUAUCCUUUUUUGUUGAUGUAAGUAGAAAUGCAUAAAUGCUACUAAUAAUACACCUAAAUGAAGCAUCAAGAAAGAUUCUUAACCAAGAACAAUAACAAAUUCACAAAGUUGUGUUUUCUAACAUUAAAUUAAACUAUUCAUAUCACCUGUAAGCUAUUUUUUUUUAUAAGAACUGCCUCA